AUGAAACCUCUACCGAAAGAACAUUUAUUGAAAAGUGUAAGUUACCGAAAUCUCCUGCUGUUUGGAACUACCAUAUUUUUGAUAUCUGCUUCACGUAUGAGUUUGAUAGCCGAAAGUUACACGGAUGACAAUGAGAGGAGUAAAGCUAUGGGUAUUGCCAUGGGAGGUUAUGCUCUUGGCAUUCUUGGUAUUCAAUUCUGGUUUCUUGACAGCAUUGUGGGAAUUAAUCAGGUGCAAAUGAAAUCAUCGUCUCUUCUUAAACUUCUUGUGGAUCCUUACAUUAUCUUGUGUGCCGGUGCAAUCAUGAUAACAAGUAUGUCUUUGGCUGUAUUGGAAUCAACAGUACCUAUAUGGGUAAUGGAUACGAUGGAAGCUCAACAGUGGCAGCUUG